AUGCAGCACGAUCAUGACGAGGAUGCAUGGGAGAGGAGGGAUCAGCUACAAUAUAAUGGGCUCGGGCUGACUGAUCCAAUCAAAAGUGUAGAGGAUAAAUGGUUGCUCCUUCCAGCUUUUCUCAAAGUCAAGGGUCUUGUCAAACAGCACAUUGACUCCUUCAACUACUUUGUGGACGUCGACAUCAAGAGCAUUCUCCGCGCGAACAACAAAAUCACUUCGGAUGUCGACCCUCGCUUCUGGCUGAAGUAUACCGAUAUUCAAGUCAUGAUGCCAGACCGACCUGACGGGACAGCAACCUCUGGCAAUAAAAAUGUAACGCCACACGAAUGUCGGCUGCGCGACACGACAUAUUCAGCCCAAAUACUGGUCACGAUUCAAUACACUCGCGGAAAACAGGUCGUAAAGAGGACCGGUGUCUGCAUUGGUCGCAUUCCUAUCAUGCUGCGGAGCAACAAAUGCUGGCUGGCAAAUAAGAGCGAGAGAGAGAUGGCGGUGGAGAACGAGUGUCCUCUCGAUCCCGGGGGGUACUUUGUGGUGAAGGGGACGGAGAAGGUCAUUCUCGUGCAGGAGCAGCUCAGCAAGAAUCGUAUCAUUGUUGAGACGGAUCCCGUCAAAGGGAUAGUCCAGGCUUCGUGUACAUCGUCGACACAUGGCGGUCUCAAGUCCAAGACGUACGUAGCGACGAAGAAGGGCAAGAUUUACUUGCGGCACAACUCCAUCCACGAGGAUGUCCCAAUUGUCAUCGCUCUCAAGGCGCUCGGUAUCCAGUCUGACAAGGAAAUUCUUCUUCUCACCGCUGGUAAUAACGACGCGUACAAAGAUGCGUUCGCGCCGAACCUGGAAGAUGCGGCGAAGAUGGGCGUCUUCACUGGUCAUCAGGCGCUCGAGUGGAUCGGCUCGCGUGUCAAAGUCAACCGUCGCACUAUCGGUCCGCGAAGGCCGGCAUGGGAGGAGGCGCUCGAGGCGCUUGCGACUAUCGUGCUUGCACAUGUGCCAGUUGUCGGACUUGACUUCCGUUCGAAGGCAAUUUUUGUCGCCACGAUGGCUCGUCGCGUUCUCAUGGCCAUGGAUGAUGAGAAGAUGGUCGAUGAUCGUGAUUACGUUGGGAACAAACGUCUUGAGCUUGCCGGUCAGCUGCUCGCACUGCUAUUCGAGGACUUGUUCAAGACCUACAACUCUAACCUCAAAUCGGCAAUUGACAAAGUGCUAAAGAAGCCAUCUCGCACUAACGAGUUUGACGCGUUCAAUACCAUGCAGUUUCAGGGGGAUCUUAUCACUGCGGGCUUCGUGCGCGCGAUCUCGACCGGCAACUGGUCGCUCAAACGUUUCCGUAUGGAUCGCGCCGGCGUGACGCACGUCCUUUCGCGACUGAGCUUCAUCUCAGCCCUCGGGAUGAUGACGCGCAUAUCAUCCCAGUUUGAGAAGACACGUAAAGUAUCCGGCCCCCGCGCACUUCAGCCUAGUCAAUGGGGCAUGCUCUGCCCUAGCGAUACGCCCGAAGGAGAAGCGUGUGGAUUAGUGAAGAAUUUGGCGCUCAUGACCCACAUCACGACGGAUAUCGAUGAAGAGCCUAUCAUCAAGGUCGCGUACAUGCUCGGAGUCGAAGACAUCAGCCAGUCCACGGGAACGGAAAUCUAUGGCCCUCACACCUUCGUUGUGAACGUCAACGGUACUAUCAUCGGGCUCACCAAGUUCCCGGCGCGCUUCGUGGCCAAUUUCCGACGUCUUCGCCGCGCCGGGCGCAUCAGCGAGUUCGUGAGCGUCUUCGUCAACCACCACCACAAGACUGUCAAUAUCGCCUCAGAUGGAGGACGCAUUUGUAGACCCAUCAUCAUCGUGUCCAAUAGAGGACCCAUGGUUCAGAAGCAACAUAUUGACGCGCUGAAAGCAGGAUCUAUGCAUUUUGACGACUUCUUGCGACGAGGCCUCGUCGAGUAUCUGGAUGUCAACGAGGAGAAUGACGCGUACAUCGCACUUUACGAGAAGGACAUCGUGCCGACCACAACGCAUCUGGAGAUUGAGCCUUUCACACUCCUCGGCGCUGUCGCCGGCCUCAUACCUUAUCCUCAUCACAAUCAAUCGCCGCGCAAUACGUACCAAUGCGCCAUGGGCAAGCAAGCCAUCGGCGCCAUUGGGUACAACCAGUUUGACCGUAUCGACACCCUCCUCUACCUGUCGGUGUAUCCUCAACAGCCGAUGGUCAAGAGCAAAACGAUCGAACUCAUCGGAUAUGACAAGCUUCCUGCCGGUCAGAAUGCCACGGUCGCCGUCAUGAGCUACUCAGGUUACGACAUCGAGGACGCGCUCAUUCUCAAUAAGGCUAGUCUUGACCGCGGAUACGGGCGCUGUCAGGUAUUGCGUAAGAAUACCACACUGUUGCGCAAAUACCCCAACGGAACGUUCGAUCGUUUAGCAGACGCCCCACGGGACGAGAACGGUCAAUUGCAGAAGAAGUACGAUAUCGUUCAACCUGAUGGUCUUGCGGGUGUCGGCGAACGUGUAGACCCCGGAGACGUCUACAUCAAUAAGCAAUCCCCCGCCAACGCGAACGACCACACUUUCUCGGGCUCUGGCGCGUCGGCACCGUACAAGAAUGCGCCGAUGACCUACAAAUCGCCUGUUGCGGGUCACAUAGACAAAGUCAUGCUGUCCGAUACCGAGAAUGACCAGACGCUUAUCAAGGUUCUCGUUCGACAAACUCGUCGUCCAGAGCUUGGAGACAAGUUCUCGUCGCGACACGGACAGAAGGGCGUUUGUGGUUUGAUCGUCAACCAGGAGGACAUGCCGUUCAACGACCAAGGCAUCGUUCCAGAUACCAUCAUGAACCCACACGGUUUCCCCUCGCGUAUGACAGUUGGAAAGAUGAUUGAGCUGCUAGCGGGCAAGGCCGGAGUUCUCGCGGGAAAACUUCAAUAUGGUACUGCGUUCGGAGGUUCCAAGGUAGAAGACAUGUCCCGGAUCCUAAUUGAGAACGGCUUCAGCUAUGCUGGUAAGGAUAUGCUCACGAGCGGCAUAACCGGCGAGCCAAUGGAAGCCUACGUGUACUUCGGACCAAUCUACUACCAGAAACUCAAGCACAUGGUCAUGGACAAGAUGCACGCUAGAGCAAGGGGACCUCGCGCCACACUGACCCGUCAACCAACUGAAGGUCGUUCUCGCGAAGGAGGUCUACGCCUUGGCGAGAUGGAGCGCGACUGUCUGAUUGGCUAUGGGGCAACGCAGCUGCUUCUAGAGCGGCUCAUGAUCUCAUCCGACAAGUUCGAAGUUAACGCGUGUCAGGAGUGCGGCUUGCUCGGCUACAAUGGCUGGUGCUCCUACUGUAAGAGCUCAAAGAAGAUGGCGCAGUUGACAAUUCCGUAUGCGGCAAAACUACUCUUCCAAGAGCUCAUGGCCAUGAAUGUCAUCCCACGACUAGUACUUGAUGAUGCAUGA